GAAAAGGCUCUGGAAGACUAGAGUGCCAUCAAAACUGCGGAUUUUUGCGUGGAGGCUGGCGAAGUGUUCUCUGCCAACGGGUCAAGUGCGGGCUAGACGGAAUAUGGCGACAUCACCGGGUUGAUACUUUCAAGGAUCGGAGGUUCCAUAAACAUAUCAUGUUGUCAGAAGAUCUUAAUGUCAAAAUUUAUCAUGGCCAUGUGUUGGAUCCUGAGAAUGUUAAACUGAAGGAAGCGAUUAAGACCAAAGGCUGUUUUGAUCUCCUUAGAACCCUACUAAAGAAAAAGAAAAAGUCCCAAGGGAAGCUUGACGAGAACUGGACACUAAUUGAUCAGUUCCUUAGUCAACAUAGCCCUUAUAGUGUUUCAUGUUUGAUCAAGAGAAUAAGCGAAGUUGUGGAAGAGGAAUCAAAGCAUGCUUCUCUGUUCUAUUGGGGAAAAAAAUUUAGCACCAUCACAGUUCAUAGUGGAACGUUAUAUGUGCUUCAUGCAGCUGCAAGCUGCUUACUCAAGCAGGUCGUUUGGCAAAGGUUGACCGUGAUAACUGACUUGGAGGACCCAUCCAAGGUUAUUUUCUUUGAUAGCCAUUUCAGAGAAAUUGAACAAAACAAACUGGAAAUCCUAAAGCUGCACUUGCGUGGGAAUGAUGAGGGUGAAUCUAGUAGAAACACCAAGGCAGCGAAUGCUGGGAAUAAAGAUCUCGUUCAAAUAAUUGUUCAGUUUCAGUAUGGUCCGGAAUUUCUUGUAAGAGGUUUAACCACAGAGGUCACUAAUUCAAUCAAGAGGAACACUCGGCUGGUUGCUGAAUCAAGUUUGCCGGUCCUUACUCCUCCAAUGCCCACUAUCAUCAUUGACCAUUUGGAAGUCUAUCGCAUUUGUGGACAAGCAGCAUCUGACACUGAAGAUUGCUUGAAGGGUUUAAGAUACAUCAAAGCUUCAGUUCUGGGGUUGGUUAAUGCAUUCCUUGAAAAAUCUGAAAUGUCUGAACAGCUGGAGGAGGAUUGCAUUGUCCCUCUUAUGAACACGGUACUGCAGGAUUAUUUUAAAAUUGCACAUGAGGAAGUGCCGCCAGAAUUUCAGUUAUUAUCGACAAAUAUCAUGCAAAAGUGUAAACUAAUAUAUCAAAUAUUUGAGAUUGCUUUUACUCGUCCUGAGGUGGAAAUGGAAGCUCCAAAGUAUUCCUACAUAUUCUCUUUGUUGACAAAGAUAUCUAUUCAUCAUUUCAAACUCCUAGACUUGCUUCCGUUUGAGUCUGUUCUGGCGAAGUUUAGUGAAGCAUUAAUGGCGAAUAAACUGCCCAUUGUUGACAAUCUUGAUACUAUAGUGGAAUUUCUUGAAACUUUUGAGGAAAACAUCAGGUGUGUCAAUUUGGUUGGGCCAGUCUUGAAUGAGAGAAUAUCAAUUAUUUUUUCUACCAUUGUAUCGGUAUACAGGGAUGCUAAUGCUAGGGUUUCUGAAGAGACCUUAAGAUACUUCAAGAAUGCAAUUUUUAAGCUCGUGGAAGCUUUCCUUGAGAAGGCUGAAAAAUUCAAGGAGCUAGAAGACCGUUUUGUCAUCCCCCUUAUGCAUGAUGCACUUACUGAUUAUAUGCAAGAUGCAUCUGGCCCGAUGACUUCUGAAUUUCUGUCUUUAUCAAAGAUAAUUAUUAAAAAGUGCAGUGAAGUUCACAGAGUAUUUGAAACUCUUUUUAAUUGUCCCGAUAAGUCAGCCGCAUAUGAAGAGCACCAUUCUUAUUUCUUCUUGUUGCUUGACGAAGCCUGUAUGCAUUGUCCGCGAGUUUUAACUCAGCUUCCUUUACAGCAAUUAAAAUCUGUAAUAGAAUUUGCCAGAUGGGCACUUAAGCAUAACAAGUUAAACAUUGCUAAGACUGGUGUAACGUUAUCGAUGGAUAUACUGAAAGCUUUUGAGGCUCCAGAGUUUCAGAAUAUUUUUUUAUAGAGAACAUCUAUUAGGAAUUGAGGAAGAUGUACUUGGAGUACUCGUGGCUUCUCAUCCUGAUCUGGAAUCAGUUUCUUUAGAUCUGCUACAGCAAAUUUUUAAUGUGGUUGAUAAGAUGUCUGAGCCUAUAUGGCGUGAUGAUGAAAUCCCUGUCCGUUAUAAUUCGAUCUUCGUUAAAGAGAAGGCUGACAAGUUUGUCCAAUCAAAAAGCAAAACUAUACUGUAUUCAGAGGCAAGUAAGUUUGUAGAUGGAGU